AUGGUAGGAACUGGGAAGCCUGCCAACGCAUUUGAGGCAUUGGCAAGGGCUGAGCAAGAGGAGGUCAAGCCCUUUGCCCCCAUCGCCUUCGGAGAUCGCAGCAGCAACAAAGAUGAAGCCUUCUCUACGGAACCGCCGUCGAGAAAGAGAACAUUUCUCUUGUGCUCCGGCUGCAUCGCCGUGCUUUUUUUAAUCCUAGCCAUCAUUGUUAUAGUCCUGUCAUUAACUAUUUUUCGUAUACUGGAUCCCAUGAUCAGGCUGAAUUCUAUAACAAUCCAGAGCCCGGAGGUUUCAACAAAGAGAAUUCUAAGUACUGGCGUGAACCUAACACUUUUAACUGAUGUUUCAGUUAAGAACCCCAAUGAGGCGACCUUCAAAUUCGAUAACGGAACGAUGACGGUUUAUUACCGUGGCAGGGUGGUGGGCGAGGGCACUCGUUUCCAAGGGAAGGCUAAGCCCGGGAGUACGCUGCGGAGGAACGUGACGGUGGAAAUAGACCCUGAUAACUUCCUGACUGAUCCGGACUUUGUGAUUGAUAUCAUCGGUUCAAAGGGAUUGAACAUAAGCAGUUACACCAGAAUUUCAGGCCGGAUUAAUAUUAUGAACAUUAUCAAGAGAAACCUUUUGGUGAAAUUCAACUGUUCCACCACUUUUAGACUCUCCCCUUCCGGUGAGGGCUUUCAUGGAGACAGGUGCAAAUCAGAACUCGGUUUCUAG